AUGGAGAAUCGGAUGGAGAAUCGGAUGGAGAAUCGGAUGGAGAAGCAGGAGUCUACUCCCAAGAAGUCGACCAAGAAAGCCCUUCCUAAGGAAAAGGCCACCAAACCCAAGGGAACCAGGUACGAGGAAUCCAAGCUUGGAGACCCAUCCAAACUCCGAGCCAAGCUCAAGGAUCUUCGUCGGCAGUUAGUUGACACUCGCAAGCUGGCCUUAAGCCAUGAGGCACUCAUCCGGAGCCAAUGGAAGGAAAACAGGGAGCUACGAGAUCGCGUUCUGCAGGGAGAAAGUCUACUGAAAGAAUACCUGCAUACCAAGAAUCAGGUCAAGAACUGGGGGCCGGUCCCACCUCGAACCACUAUGCCAGAGUUCAUCAACCUGGACAGUGAUGACGAAGUUUCUUCUCAGAAUUGA